CCGAAUCUCGCAAGGAAGAAUAUAAAACAGUAGCUCAACUAGCUCAAACACUAUUUCUACCACCCGAACCGCCAAUAUGCCUAUUUACCACGUCGUUCUCUUCAAAUUGAAGCCGGAAGUCACCGCGGAGCAGAUAGAAAACUGGGGGAAGUUGGCCAACGCCAUGCUAGGCCAAGUUCCUGGUCUAACUAAAAUCUCCUUUGGCAAGCCGUUGCCUAUGACUGCUUCCAGGGCAAAGGGCUUUGAUAUGGGUCUUGUGGCAAUCUUGGAUUCGCCAGCCGCUCUUUCUACCUAUGCGGCUCAUGAUACCCACCUCCCAGUUAUGAAGCUGAGGGAAGAACUCUGCGAUGAUGCUUUGGCUUAUGAUCUUGAAUUCGACGUUUAGAUUAGCAUCCAAGGAUCAGGGGAGAUUUGCAGCCUUGAUACAGCUUUAUCGAUUUAGACGGCCUAGUUAUGCUAUUUACUUACUAGACGAUGUAGAAAUUAUAAAGCAUGAUGAAUAAACAAUG